AUGUCAGGUUCCUCGUUUGGUGCUCGUGGAGGCAAUGCCUUUGCCAGUUUUCCCGGUCUGACCUCAUCGAAUGGUGGUCUAGGACCAUCACCAUCACCAUCCCCAUCAGCAGGCGCUGGAGGUGGUGGAGUUGGAUUGCCAUCUCUGAACUCCUCAUCGUCAGGCGGUGGUGGUGGUCAGUAUGGACCAGCAAUAGAGUCUUUGACGCUGACGGCUCAGAGUGUGGGACUGACGAUUGAACAACUGGCCGCCGCCUUAUCAGCUUCUCCCAAUUUGAAGACACUCUCGAACGAAAGUGGAAUCAUCACUGAUAGUCAAAAGGAGCUGGCGCUGUCCUUAUAUCGAACCGAGUCACUGGCUCUCUAUCGUCGUUGCAUGUUAUUGGCAGGGUUUGACCCGGAUGCCAUUGAAGAGCAGUCACCCGAGUACCAGCAGUUUGCCUUUCGGGCUUGGCAGGAAGAAGGACGGCGCUUGCAAGAUUUGAUGGGCAGGGAGAUGUCAUUGCAAGCGCCUGUCGUGGCCAAUCUGCAACAAGAAGCAGCACAAGCCAAAGCUCAUGCUCAAGUCCAGUCUCAAAUUCAAGCCAAGGCUGUCCAGGCACAGGCCCAAGCUUUGGCGCUCGAACAACAGCAGCAAAAGCAACAACUCUUCUUACAAAGCCGAUUGCAGCAACAGCAAAAUGGGGGGCUCAACUCACUUUUAUAUAACAGCUCGGCUGGUUCCUCUCAACUAUACAAUGAUGCUGUUCAAAAGAGAUUGAAUGGAAUGCACAAGCCAGGACAGGCCUUCCGGUAA